AUGCUCCGGUGUGCUCGGCAGCUUUUCCGCGACCAGUCGCUGCUAUGUACAGCACCUAUUAUCACACUGGUUACUGUCGCGUCACUAGAUGCAGCAGAUAAGAAUCUAUUAGCGUCCUCGUUUCCAGUGCUCGCCCGUACGCUGCACCUGGACAUAAGCAUUCUGGGAUACUUCUCGCUAUUCAGCAAUCUAUCGUAUGCGUUGGCACUCCCCUUGUGGGGAUAUCUUAUACACAGGUAUGGAAUCGACAACAUUCAUCUGUUAUUGGCCACGUCCUGCCUAUCUUGGGGCAUAACUACCCUGGGUGUUGUCUUAUUCGACGAGAGUAUAUUUUUGCAGGCUGUGUUCCGCGCACUCAAUGGAGUGGCACUCGCAUCUGUGAUGCCGCUGACGCAGACUCUACUCGUGGAGAUAGUUCCUUCAUCAAUGCGGGGACGUGCCUUUGGCUUCAUGGGUGUGUGUGAAAAGCUCGCCGGCAUGUUCGCCGCAACGUUCGUGGUGUAUAUGGAUAAUUGGCAGAUACCGUACUACAUCAUGGCAUUCCUCUCGGUGAUGUUUGCAUUCAUAGUCAAGUCUGAGUUGGAUCCAAAUAAGAGUAAAAGCGAUUUCAGAGGUGUGUACCAGCAAGUGAAUAUAUGUGAUUCAGUCAAAGGGCACCGAGACUCAAAAUUGUCGAUUCUGCAGAUUAUACAACGCAUCGCACGCAUACCCGCGUUUGUAUGUUUGGUGGCUCAAGGCGUGUUCGGAGGCACACCCUGGGAUAUAAUGAGCUUUAUGCUCUUACUAUUGAAUUGGCGCAAUUUCCACACGGAACAGAUAGUCGCCAUACAGAUAGCUAUGGGAAUUGGUGGCACCAUUGGUGGUUGGCUUGGAGGCACUCUAGGUGAUUGGGCUGCCGUGAGACAUGGGAAUCGUGGACGGAUAUACGUAGCCUUCACGAGCGUUGUGGGUGGGAUCCCCCUGUAUGCAAAAUUCCUGUACGCCACGGAAUACGAGUAUGCCUUGCUAUACAUGUUCGCUUUCAGCGUCAUCGGCUCAUGGCCCGGCGCUGCCGCACUGCGACCGAUAUGCGCUUAUUUGGCUCAAAAUGCCAGUGAAAGAGCCCAGAUUGUGUCCAUGUGGAUGAUGCUUGAGAAGGCAUCCGGGGCGAUAUUUGGCGCUCCGCUAGUGGGGUAUUUAGCGAGCAAUUUAAUCGAUGGCUUGCGCGAGGCGGGUGAUGGCUCUGAAAGUAUAUACGCAGACGAAAAAGCGGGUGCAUUGGCGUUCUAUCUUUGCGUACUAUCGUCCUUCUUCUGGGCCCUAUGUUCUAUGUUCUGGUUGCUCAUGGACUAUUACAUGCCGCUGGGAGAUGAUGUGAAACUGUCUGUAAAUGCAGGGUAG